GUGGGUCUUCUCUUCUUUGGUUAAAUAAUAAUUGAGAGAUAUUAUUAUUAGUGCUUGGUUUCUGAGGCUGUUAAUUAAAGACUGUAUUUUGUUUUUUUUUUUUUAUUUUUGAAGAAUGAGACUUUCUUCUUCUUCUUCUUCUACUGGGUUUAAUCAGCAGACUCCAGAAGGGGAUAAAAAAUGUUUGAAUUCUGAGCUAUGGCAUGCAUGCGCGGGGCCUCUUGUGUCUCUGCCUCACGUUGGAAGCCGAGUUGUGUACUUUCCACAGGGUCAUAGUGAACAGGUUGCUGCUUCAACCAACAAGGAAGUUGAUGCUCACAUCCCUAAUUACCCAAGCUUGCCUCCACAACUAAUCUGCCAGCUUCACAAUGUUACUAUGCAUGCUGAUGUUGAGACAGACGAAGUUUAUGCUCAAAUGACCUUGCAGCCAUUAAGUCAGGACGAUCAAAAGGAUGCUUACCUAUUGCCAGCAGAGCUAGGUACUGCCAGCAAACAGCCGACUAACUAUUUCUGUAAAACAUUGACUGCAAGUGAUACUAGCACUCACGGAGGAUUUUCUGUUCCUCGACGAGCAGCUGAAAAAGUCUUUCCUACUCUUGAUUACUCCCAGACGCCUCCAGCUCAAGAACUAAUUGCAAGAGAUCUUCAUGAUAAUGAGUGGAAAUUCAGACAUAUAUUUCGAGGACAACCCAAGAGGCAUCUUCUUACAACAGGAUGGAGUGUCUUUGUUAGUGCAAAGAGGCUUGUUGCUGGUGAUUCUGUCCUUUUCAUUUGGAAUGAGAAGAACCAAUUACUCUUGGGUAUUCGGCGAGCGAAUCGUCCUCAAACUUUCAUGCCUUCGUCAGUUUUAUCAAGUGAUAGCAUGCAUAUAGGUCUUCUUGCUGCUGCAGCUCAUGCAGCAGCCACUAAUAGCCGUUUUACAAUAUUUUAUAACCCCAGGGCUAGUCCUUCAGAAUUUGUCAUUCCCCUGGUCAAGUAUAUUAAAGCAGUAUACCAUACAAGGGUUUCUGUGGGCAUGAGAUUUAGGAUGCUAUUUGAGACAGAAGAGUCAAGUGUCCGCCGAUACAUGGGUACUAUAACUGGUAUUAGUGAUUUAGAUCCUGUUCGCUGGCCAAAUUCACAUUGGCGCUCUGUCAAGGUUGGCUGGGAUGAAUCCACUGCAGGGGAGAGGCAGCCAAGAGUAUCUUUGUGGGAGAUUGAGCCGUUAACAACAUUCCCAAUGUAUCCAUCUGCCUUCCCUAUGAGACUGAAAAGGCCAUGGCCAUCUGGGCUACCGUCUUUCCAUGGUCUGCAAGAUGGUGAUUUGAACAUUAAUUCACCAAUGAUGUGGCUUCAAGGAGGGGUUGGAGAUCUGGGAGUUCAAUCUUUGAACUUCCAGAGCUUUGGUGUUGCUCCUUGGAUCCAGCCAAGGUUUGAUACUUCUAUGCCAGCUCUACAACCUGAAAUGUACCAAACAAUGGCAGCUGCUGCACUUCAGGAAAUGCGAACAGUGGAAUCUUCCAAACUAGCUUCUCAAUCUCAUUUGCAGUUCCAACAAUCUCAAAAUGUAUCUAAUGGGCCUGCUGCUUUGAUUCAGAGGCAGAUGUUGCAGCAGUCCAAUCUUCAGCACGCACUUCUUCAAAACUUUCAAGAAAACCAGGCUUCAACACAGGCCCAGUUUCUACAACAACAUUUGCAGCAUCGCAAUCAGUAUACUGGUCAGCAGCUGCAACAGCAUCAACCACAGCUGCAGCAAGUUCAACAGCCUAAACAACUGAAUGAAUUGUCUGCCCCACAGCAGAUCCCGAAUGUAAUAUCAGCUCUGCCUCAUCUUACUUCAGUCGCCCCAUCCCAGUCUCCAUCUUUGCAGCCAAUUUCUUCCCAGUGCCAGCAGCAGGCCUUUUCAGAACCACUUGGAAACUCAAUUGCUGCAUCUGAUGUUUCUUCAAUGCACAGUGUCAUUGGUUCAUUAUCCCAGGAUGGAGGAUCCCACUUGCUUAAUUCUAAUGGAUCCAACCCUGUCAUCUCCCCUGCUUUAUUAUCAAAGCGAGCAGCAAUUGAUCCACAGCUUUCUUCUGGUGCUGCUCAUUGUGCGCUACCCCAGGUUGAACAGUUGAGAACUACACAAUCAACUGUGUCUGAUCUUGCUACCUUGUUAGCUCCAUUCUCUGGAAGAGAGUAUUCUACCUAUCAAGGUGCUAAUGAUCCACAAAACAAUCUGCUGUUUGGAGUUAACAUUGAUUCUUCAACCUUCAUGCUUCAGCAUGGGAUACCAAACCUGAGAAAUAUUGGCACUGAAAAUGAUCCGUUGUCUAUGCCAUUUGCUGCUUCAACUUUUACAAGUGCUACUGGAAGUGAUAUUCCACUUAAUUCAGACAUGACAGCUUCAAGUUGUGUAGAUGAAUCAGGUUUCUUACAGUCCUCUGAAAAUGUGGAUCAAGUAAACCCAUCAACAAGAACCUUUGUGAAGGUUCACAAGUCAGGGUCCUACGGGCGAUCACUAGAUAUUUCCAAGUUCAGCAGCUAUGAUGAGCUUCGCAGUGAGCUUGCUCGCUUGUUUUGCCUAGAAGGCCUAUUAGAGGACCCACAGAGAUCAGGCUGGCAGCUUGUAUUUGGUGACCGGGAGAACGAUGUGCUUCUCCUUGGUGAUGAUCCUUGGCAGGAAUUUGUGAACAAUGUCUGGUAUAUCAAGAUCCUAUCUCCUCUUGAAGUGCAACAAAUGGGCAAAGAAGGUCUCAGUCCUGCAGCUUCUGUCCCAAGCCAAAAGCUUUCUAAUAGCAACAGCGAUGGGCACAUGAAUACGCAGGGUUUUAGAAACUCAAGCAAUGGGAUUGCAUCUAUGGGGUCUCUUGACUACUAAGGCAGAUGCACAUAAAAAACCUGAAAUCACAUGACAAUUAACUGAAAAGCAAGUAACUAUAUUAUGGUACCUGUUAUAUCCACCGAACGUUAAUGUUACUUGAACCUUUUUCUGGUGGGUAAAGUGUCGUGCAUGGUCAGGUUAUCUAGCAUGUUACUGUAAAUUGUAAUUUACUAUAGGAGACUGUUUCUCUUAUCACUAUACUAGUAACGUCAUGGAAGUGUUAGGAGAAUGCAGCAUGGUAGUGGUUUGUUUGUUACCAGAUAAAGUUUUGAGAAAGUAAAUCUCUAUUCUCUUAUUAUUA